AUGGAUAUCAGUAUUGACUAACAGCAAAGAAGAAGCAUUAAAUAUGGCAUUCCGUGGAGAGCAGAGCACAGGGGAAAACAGUUUAGAGGAUCUGACAAAAGCCAUUAUUGAUGACAUACAGAGAUUACCCGGAAAUGAAGUCUGUUGUGAUUGUGGCUCACCAGAUCCAACAUGGCUAUCCACUAAUCUGGGCAUUUUAACCUGCAUUGAGUGUUCAGGAAUACACAGAGAAAUGGGUGUCCAUAUUUCUCGAAUCCAGUCUUUGGAAUUAGACAAAUUAGGAACGUCUGAACUCUUGCUGGCCAAGAACGUAGGCAAUACUAGUUUUAACGAUAUUAUGGAAGGGAAUUUACCUAGUCCUUCACCUAAACCCGGUCCAUCAAGCGAUAUGACUGCACGUAAAGAAUUUAUCACUGCUAAAUAUGUAGAUCAUAAGUUCUCUAGGAAGACUUGUGCGUCUGCAGCAGCUAAACUGAAUGAAUUACUUGAGGCUGUCAAAUCCAGGGAUUUACUUGCACUAAUUCAAGUCUAUGCAGAGGGGGUAGAGCUAAUGGAGCCACUGUUAGAGCCUGGACAGGAGCCAGGUGAAACAGCACUUCAUUUAGCAGUCCGGACUGCUGACCAAACCUCUCUCCAUCUGGUUGACUUCCUUGUACAAAACUGUGGAAACCUGGAUAAGCAAACGGCAUUGGGUAAUACAGUUCUACACUACUGCAGUAUGUAUAAUAAGCCUGAGUGUUUGAAAUUGCUUUUGAGGGGGAAGCCAACUAUUGAUGUAGUAAACCAAGCUGGAGAGACAGCUCUGGACACAGCAAAACGAGCGAAAGCUGUCCAGUGUGAGGAACUGCUUUCUCAAGCCAAGGCAGGAAAGCUAAACCCACACGUCCACGUAGAGUAUGAAUGGAAUCUUCGGCAGGAGGAAAUUGAUGAAAGUGAUGAUGACUUGGAUGAUAAGCCUAGUCCUAUAAAGAAAGAAAGAUCUCCAAGACCCCAAAGUUUUUGUCACUCUUCGAGCAUUUCUCCCCAAGACAAAAUGACUCAUCCUGCGUUUAGCACUCCUAGAGACAAGCAAAGACUCUCCUAUGGCGCUUUUACCAAUCAGAUUUUUGCUUCUGCGAGCACGGAUUCGCCCACCUCUCCAACUGCAGACGCUCCUCCUCUUCCUCCUAGAAAUGCUGGCAAAGGCCCACCUUCAACCCUCCCUCUAAGCACUCAAACCUCUAGUGGCAGCAGCUCCCCUCUUUCCAAGAAGAGACCACCUCCCCCACCCCCAGGACACAAAAGAACCCUCUCUGACCCACCAAGCCCACUACCUCAUGGACCCCAGAAUAAGGGCCCAAUUCCUUGGG